AUGAAGUUUUCACCCUCAUUCGCUUUUGUAGCUUUAGCCACUUUGGGUUCUUCCGCUUCUGCUAAAUCCUCCCGUCGGGGAGCAGACUUCACUCCCAACAACGGUCUUCACAGAUUGGCUUCCCGACAAGUCGUGACUGCCAACAUCUGUGAGAAUAUCCCACUGGAUGUCCCCCUCAACGUAGCGGUCUGUCAAGAUACCGAUGGUAACGAUGUAACGAUCGUCCCGGGACUUGACCUCACUGGUCUUGUCUGUUCGCUCACCGGUACUUCUGUCAACGUUGAAGUCAGCACUGGUAUCUGUCUCUGUCUCGCUGCUGGUGUCUUGACCGACGACUCCAUUGCCGACAUCCGUGGUCUCGUCGACAUUGGAGGAACCAACAUUGAUCUCUUGCUCACCGACGUUCAAGGCCUCACUGGUUACACGGUUGACACCCUUGUUGACGCGCUGAUCGGUGAUGCCACUACGGUCUUGAGCGCUAGUACCACCGACUGUGUCUACCCUGAUGGUGCCACUCCCAACUCCUGUGAAGCAUGUACUUUCGACUGUCCUGAAGGAGAAGCCGUAUGCGGUGACCAAUGUAUCGCCGAAGGUGACACCUGUGCCUCUGGUAUCGCCCGACGAAAGCGAGGAUUACUCGGUGGCAACGCCAACUUCCUUUGCACCAAAGGUCAAACCGCCUGUGCUAUCCCCUCGUCCCGAUUCUUCACUCAUGGAGGCUACGAAUGUGUUGAUACCCAUGCCGAUGUUGAGUCUUGCGGUGGAUGCACAUUCGCCUUCCCCGGUCAAACUCAAGGUCAAGACUGUACGGCUUUACCCAACGCUAUCGAUGUCGCUUGUAACGCUGGUUCGUGUGUUGUCCAACAAUGCGCUAAAGGAUUUGAACCCAACUUCUACCAAUCUGGAUGUGUUCCCCUCGGCUCCUACUUGGGCUUCACCAUUGCCAAACGGACUGAAGGUAUCGACCUCAAGCUUUCUCCUUUAACCGACCUCAUCAAGAACCUCACCGGUGUCAACAUUGACCCAAAGGUUAUCGAGCUUGAUCUCCUCAAGGAUGAUGUCCUCAACAUCGAGAAAAGAGAUAUCAACCUCAACCUCGACUCAUUGACUGGUCUUAUCAAGAACCUUACUGGUGUCGAUGUCGAUGUCAAACAGAUUGACUUGGACCUUCUCAAAGGUGAUUUACUCAACGUUGAAAAGAGGUCCACCGAAGAUGCACCCAUCGUCAACCUCGAUCUUGAAUCCAUCACCGAGCUCCUUGGUAUCAACCUGAACGAUAUUGAUGUCGAGCUUUUCAAAGCUAAACUCGCUAAGAUCCAAAAGAGAACCGACGACUCCCCCAUUUUAACCUUGGACCUCGAAUCCCUUACUGGACUCCUCGGGGUAAACCUCAACGACAUCGAUGUUGAGCUGCUCAAGGCUAAACUCGCCAAGAUCCAAAAGAAAUCCGACAUCGUCAGUGAUCUGGUCGGCGAACCUCUCGCGAACCUCCGACUCAACGGUGACAAUCUCCUGGACGUCAAUGGCCUUCUUUAA